AUGGGUCAAGCGGCUAGGGUGGUUCUGACCUUGGUCACGCUGUUUGUUGGUGACCUCAGGGCAGAUUUAGGGCUGGCUGAAGUCAUUCCAGAUCUUGUCCAGAUCGUCAACGAAGCGAUCGGAGAAGGUCUGGUGCCUUUGUUGGAGGCAAACGCUACGAUCGAGGUGGAUCUUGAGUUGGAUCGAAGUGGAGCGUUGGCUACGGUAGUCAGCGUUACGAACAUUGUGAACCAGACCAUAAGUGGGGUAUUCUUGGCGGCGCAAGAAGCAGUUGUGGACAGCACGAGUACCCCGAACGUCGUGUUUGGUAGACUGUACAAAGCCGAUGUUAUGGCCGAGAUAGGAUUGCAGGAUGCGAUUGAAGCCGCUGAGGCUUUGGAGUCAGUCGUGAAGCGAUCUACGUCCGAUGCAGUUCUUGGAAAUCUGACCGCUCUACAACACCAGGUUAAGACCCUUACGGCAGUGUACAUUGAGGUUGGAGUGGCGAUCAAUACCUUCCAGUUCACCCCAAACAAUACUAGAAAUCUUAGCGCUACAGUCACUCCGGAUCUAGUGGACAAGGUAGCAGACGUCCUAUGGAACAUUUCUACAAGCGUCACAAACCUUGGCAGUUUGUUCACUGAAAUAGUUCAAGAUAAGAACAACGCAACGGUUUACAUCGUCAACAUCAAUACAACGAUCGAUACCUCAAUAACCACCAUAACCAGUGUCGUAGAAGAUUUCACCAAAUCCGCCAAGGAUGCCAGCAAUCAGCUCUUACAACCAAUCCAGUCCGUUACCUCAAACAUCGCUGAAUCAUACGCCGACAUCACCACAAACCCUCAAGACUUCAACGGCGGCAACAUAACCGACCUUGUCCUAUUCCUAGGAGUGGUUGGCAACGCCAACCUAGUAUUCGGACUCAACACCACCAUGAAUCUCAACCACCUUCAAGCAAACGUCAACCGAACCAUGGCCUUCGCAACCGCAACCGCCGCCAACGCCUUAACCAGCUCCAUCCGAUACAUCACCAACACGACCUCCACCAACGAAUUCACAACCUUCGGCCCCAUCUGCUCCGAACGCUACUUCCAUCAACUUCACCAACUCGCCCCAAAAUCAUCCCUCCUCGCCAACUGCCUCAAAGCGGAACAACCCUCACUAACCAUCCGCUACAAGCUGAUCCUGUCCCCGCUGCUAGCCCAGCUCGAAUCGAAAGCCAGCUCCUUUGGGUCGUCCCAAAUCAAGACCUGUCUCACCGCGGCAUGCACCUCCACGUACUUCCGAGCAUUUCUCAUCCUCGCUGAGGAAGUGGUCCAGGAGCUGCAGGCGAUCGACCGGAUGUUAGCGGCGGAAACGCAAAGCUUCUCGACGCGCAUCGCCGUCUGUGCAAACGCAACGGCGGCCGAUGUGGUCGAGCUGGCGCAGCAGGCGGUGACUGGGUAUAAUGCGUGUUUGUUGGAGGGUAGAUCGGGACCAGUUGGCAUAAAUGUUGUGAUGUAA